GCUCUGAAAAUGGCUGAGUCGGAAGAGGAGGUUGAUGUCUUGGUCCAGAGAGUUGUGAAAGAUAUAAAUAACGCCUUCAAAAGAAACCCAAACAUUGAUGAAAUCGGACUCAUUCCAUGUCCAGAGGCCCGAUAUAACAGAAGCCCCAUCGUCCUGGUGGAGAAUAAGCUGGGAGUGGAGAGUUGGUGUGUCAAGUUUCUAUUACCAUAUGUACAUAAUAAACUCCUGCUCUACAGGCAGAGAAAGCAGUGGCUAGACCGGGAAGCAGUGGUAGACAUAACCUGCACUUUGCUUAUCUUAAAUCCAGAAUUUACAACAGCUUGGAAUGUCAGGAAAGAGCUCUUGCAGUGUGGUGUGUUAAACCCUGAGAAGGACCUUUACUUGGGCAAACUAGCGCUAACCAAGCAACCUAAAAGCCCAGAAACAUGGAUACACAGGCGGUGGGUGCUGCAGUGGCUGCAGAAGGAGUGCUCUCCCUCUGGGUUGGAUUUAAAGGAGCAGGCUGAACCCAGCAGUGAUGCUGAGAGGAGAAGUCAAUGUGAGCGUCUGCAAAGAGCCUUACAGGAGGAGAUGAGGGUCUGCGCAGACGCAGCUGGCCGUUACCCCAGCAACUACAAUGCCUGGUCCCAUCGCAUCUGGGUGCUGCAGAACAUGGCCAAAUGCAAUCUCAAGAUUCUGCAUGACGAAAUGUCCUCCACCAGGCUUUGGGUGUCCUUGCACGUGUCUGAUCACAGCGGCUUCCACUACCGUCAGUACCUGCUUAAAUCCCUGACCAGAGAGCUGAGCCAGGCUGGAGAGAGAGACCUUCACUGCACCCAGCAGUCCAACGGAGAGGUCACGGCAGGCGCCUCUGAUGACAAUCACCAUAAUGACAUCAUCCCUCAGCUUUUCCACGAGGAGAUGGAAUUCUGCACUGAUCUCAUUGAGUCAUAUCCAGGGCAUGAAACGCUGUGGAGCCACAGGCGACAUGUCCUCUACUUGUGGCACCAGUGGCGGCGGGAGCACUUUCUGGAGUUUGGGUCACAGUCUCCACCUCUCACCCACACAGACGUCCUCCUCAGUAAAGAGCCCUGCAAUGACAACUGUGCUUCCCAGGCCAUGGACAUUGACUGUGCUUUGGAUGGGAGCAAACAUGGAAGCUAUAUGCAGAACACCAAGCGAUUGAAGAGGGGACCCCUGCUGCCCCACCCUGGAUUUCCCUCCGAGCAUACAUUUGUCUCUAGAAUUAUAGCAGGUUCCAGAAGCCCAGAGCAAAGUCGCUUUGCCAUCGCCUACAGGAAGUGGCUGGACUCGGUUAUAGGUCAGUAGCAUGAGAAAUACUCCGCCCACCAUGUGGUGGGAGAGCUGUGAUAGGUCAGCUUAUUUCUGGCAUCGAACCACCCACACCCUGUUCUCUAAAAAUGGCUGGACACAGUGGCUGGUUGUCAGAGAUGCUCUGCCAGAGCAAAUUCCCCCUCAUGAUGAAAACCCAUGACCGGUCAUGACAGUGAAAGCUUUGUCUGUUUCAGCUGCUUUAGUUCAGGUACUGGAUAUCUCAGGACUGUUUUUCAGUGUAUUGUCUUGCUUGCGGUCCUUUUUUUUUCUGACAGUUUUUAUUUCAUGUUGUUUGAAGUCUUCCACCACAAUUGAGUUACAGUAUGUUCUCACCAUGCUGUCUGCAGUUGUAUGAUUCCUGUCAGGAGUCUGAAAUGCUCUGAAGGGAAUACUUUGAGCCCAAAGUGAUUCUGACCCAGUUUCACUCUUUUGUUUAAGUGAGGGCUGAACGGCGCUGAAUCCUGUCUACUGCUCCUCUUUGAACUUUUGCACUGAAGCAUGACGAUUUUACAAUGUAAAUGUUUUGCUGCAAUCAUUAACAUGAGCACAAUCAUUGAAUAUAAAGAUUCAUAGAGCCAUAUGAAAUUAUUAGGGCUAAAGACAGACAUUUUCAUAAGACUAAUGUUUAUAAUAACAAUAGUAAAACUGACUAAUGUACAUGAACAUUACAUGUCAGAAUUGAUAAGAAUAGAGGCACUGUCCUUAUUCAAGUGAGUAUUUGUAUUAUGACAUAAUAGUAAAACAUAUCUGAAGGAGGAUCAAUGGUUUAAUGGUUCAUGCAGAUAAUUCUCUGACUUUUAAGAAAAAAUGCUCCUAAAGCACAUUCAUCACUCUUUAAAACAAUGAUGGUCAAGUUAAGCAAAUAUCAGCUUUUAAGCACAAGCUUUGGGUUAUAGUUCAUCCUGGUGGUCUCACAGAUGCAUGGGUUUUCAUGAUGAAAGGGAACUGUAGAAGUAGGAGUAGUCUUUUCUCAGCUUGGCCCAAACGUUGGCUGCAAAAAUAAUAAGCUGCCACGUUCAAGUCCAUCUGGUGCAGAAUGGUGCUGAUUCUCUGCACUGGGGAGUGUGGCCCCUGAAGGGCCUGGGUUUACAAAUGCUGCUUUUUGUUUAACACAUUUUUUGAACCUAAAAGUAUAUUUAUGCAAAUAUGAAAAGUGAAAUGGUGUUAGCUUUACUUAUGUCUUGAUUUAUUAUAGCUUAUAAGCUAUUAGAAACUUAUGGUUGACUCACUCACUGUUACUCAGUACUUAUUAAACUUUCACAGUUCCACAGGCUCAAUUUUGCACUGACUACUUGAUUUCAUCACAGCUUAAUUAGAGUAGGUUGUGAACAUUUAAAUCGACUUUAUAAUAUCUUGCUCUCAAAUCAGGAAAAUGCCUGUUCUACAUAUGCAGAGGUUUUCUGGUUAGAUUAAGUCAUUUUAACAGUCUAGGAAAGGUUAUUCAAAUCCAUUAUUUUGAGUUUAUCCGUAAAACUUGUAGAUUUCAAUAAAACAAGUAUAUUAUUGUUUUUUUAAUGUUUUUGCACAGUUGCACAAGAACUAGAUUUCUGAAAGAGUUUCAGUUAUAUCAUUUCUAGUCGGACACUAUCCAGGGCAAUUUCAGAGUGACUUUCUCAGUUAUAGAAUGCCUUGGAUGUCCUUGCGCUUACCUUGUUUAAGAUGAAAUGGCAAAAUAGUGUGGUGGGCGUUCUUUUGUUGUUGCUGUUGUUGUUUUUUUCUGUCAUUUGGUAUGUCACAGAUAUCGCAGGUUUUCCGCAAAAAUUAAGCCAGCUUUGUAACCACACCAUUACUCUAACUAAAUCUUUUGCUAUACUGACAGCUUUUGAUCAUUGAGGUUUAGCAUUUCCCCCCUACACCUGCUGUUUGAGAAACUGGAAUGGAUCUGCAUUUUUCAGGAAAGAAUGCCUUUUAAAUGGAUCCUUUAAGGUCACUGUGCCAUAUGCUUGUAUAGAUAAAUAAAACCAGUUGCUAAUGUUAUUAUAUGAAUCAUGGUACAGCGAGUCACCCUUAUCUGUGAUUUAUUAUAUUUUUGCAUGGAUGUUACAUGUGUGCUAUUUUACUGGGAUCAAAAUCAUGUUUUCUUUGCAUUAAAUUAACAUUUUACUUUAAUUUAUUAUAGAGAGGAAAUAACAUUUACAGUUUUGUAUUAACCUUUUUUUGACACCCAAAAAGUAACUAUUUGAUGUAAUAAUGGUAUAAAUUAUUGGCUGUUGUGUUCCCUAUUAUUAACCUACAAACGACCACCAUUGGCAGUCUGAGGUUCAAUAAUUUGGAACAUUUACAAUAUGUCUUAUUUGUUCAGGGCUUCUGGUUUCACAUUUUUCUUUCUAAGCAGUUUAAGAAAUAUGUAGGCCUAUAUGUGUUUACAUUUAAUUUAAAUUGCAUUGAGGAAGCAGAUUGUAUUUCCAGUUGUGUCCGUUUCCAUUGUUGUGAAGUUUAAUAUAUUGUUUGAAUACCAAAUUUUUAACACCAGUUUAAAUGUUAAGCAUAAAGAAGGACCUUGAUUACUGGUACACCUAUGCAGAAGCAUUCUCACAAAGUUCAUUUAGCUUUAGAAAGAACAAAUGUAGCCAUGGAUUUUAUAUUUUCUUCAUGUACAGUAUUGACUCUGAUUAGAUGAUUAGGUACUGUAGGUUUUAAAAGCCACAAUAACCAACAUUUAUAGCAUCUCAACCAUUAUGUAUUUUGUAUUUAUUUGUAAAAAUAAAUGUAUUGACAAUGUUCUGUAGGUUGCCUACCAUAUGAAAUAAAGCUUAUCUGGAA